AUGAGACUUUUUCUUGGCAUUGAGGUCUUACAAAAACUAGGAGGAGUAUUUUUGUGUCAACAGAAAUAUGCCAAUGAUCUGAAAAUAUUUUCUAUGACUGAAAGAAAACAUGUGAAGAGUCCAAUUGUCCCAAGGAGUAAGCUUAAUAAGAAUGUUGAUGGUACCAUUGUGGAUAACAUUUACUUCAAACAGAUUGUGGGAAGUUUAAUGUAUCUGACGGCUACACGGCCAGAUAUCAUGUUCAGUGUGAGUUUAAUUAGCAGAUACAUGUCAAAACCAACUGAGUUACACCUACAAGCGGCUAAAAGAAUCCUACGGUAUCUAAAGGGAACUACCAGUUAUGGAAUAUUUUAUAGGAAAGGAGGGAAGGAAAAUUUGCUUGCAUUUAUAGAUUCUAGUUAUGCAGGAGAUGAAGAUGAUUCUAAGAGCACAUCUGGUUAUGUGUUCUUAUUCAGUUCAGGAGCAGUAUAA